AUGUUGCCUGGAAUAGGAGUGUUUGGAACUGGCAAUGUUGUAAGAGUGAUAGUGCCCUUUUUAAGAGAGAAGGGUUUUAAAGUUGAGGCUUUGUGGGGAAGAACUUUAAAUACAGCAGAAGAAGUCGCUAAAGAACUUGGCAUUUCGUUUUACACCAACAAAAUUGAUGAUGUAUUGCUUCGAAAAGAUGUUGAUCUCAUAUUCAUAAUUUGCUCUCCGAACCUUCAUGCUCAGAUAGCUGUAAAAGCCCUUGGCAUUGGCAAGCAUGUUUUGUGUGAUAAACCAGCUGGUCUGUGUCAAGGGGAGGCUUUGAAAAUGGUAAGAGCAUCUCAGUAUUACCCUUCCCUAAUUUCUAUUGUCAACCAUAGUUUAAGAUUUUUACCUGCUUUCAUACAAAUGCGAAGAGCCAUUGGAGAAGGUUAUCUUGGUGAAGAAGGUGAAGUGACUGUGUGUGAUGUACGUGUCCAUAUGGGUAGUUUACUUCAUGAUGCAUAUGACUGGCUUUGUGAUGAUACAAUGGGUGGUGGAGUACUUACACUUGUAGGUAGUCAUGUAAUUGAUUUGGUGUCUCACAUUACCAAUCAGCGUGCAACACGUGUGCAUGGAGUUAUCCGUACUUUCACUAAAACCACAGACACAGUUAAUGGAAUUCGUCAUAUAUCAAGUCCUGAUUUCUGCACUUUCCAGAUGGAAAUGAAUGGAGGAACACUAGUUACCGCAACUUUAAACAACCACCUUCCCGGAUCUUUUAUACAAGAGGUUUUAGUGUGUGGUCAUGCAGGUCAUUUAAUUGUUCGUGGUGGUGAUUUAUACGGCAGAAAAUCAGGUGCAGCGAAAGAGGAAGUUAUUUAUUUAGAUGUGGAGGACCUUCAACGAGGUGGAGCUAUUAAUUCUGUUGCUGCAAAUGUGAUACCUCGGCCAUACAUGAAAGGGUUAUUCAAAAUGAUUGGUGCUUUAAAGGAAGCAUUUUUGACAGUUGAAUAUGAACGAGGUUGGGUGAAGGAACCUGUAGCUCUUGCAGCGACCUUUGAAGAUGGUCUUUAUGUUCAAGCUGUUAUUGAUGCAUUGAAAAAAUCAAGUGCUAACCGUGAGUGGGUGAAGGUUAAUGUGAUUAGUGAAGAACCAGAUCCUAAUCCUUUGUUAAGUGCUGCAGUACGUCACAGUGCAAUUUCUAUGUGA